GGCGGCCAGUCGACGCGAUCGCUCCCGCGCGCCGCUCGCGCUCUCGCGCCAACUCGCGCGACUCCCGCCCAAACUGACAACUACUCAAAAAUCGAACGCGAUCUAUCUUUUUAGUUCUUUUUUCGAAUUUGAAACUUUUUAAAUCACGCGUUCGUAGUGGCGUCGCGUAGGACUUGUUUAUUCGACGAGGAAUAUUUUAAAAACGAAACGUGUUCAUUUGCAUUUUUGCAAAAAUUAAUUGUAAAGUAAAAAAAAAAUUCUUUGAAAUAAUGUGAGUAAAUUUCAACGACACGUCAAUCCGGAUCAUCGUUCAACAUCAGAAAAAUGCUCCGGUCGAAUCGAGGCCUGAACUCAUAAACUGGUCCAGAACAUCCCGCCCUCGUAAUCCAGUUUACGUAAUUAAUUCUUAGAAUAUACAGUUUUACAGCAACAACAUUCGUUCAUAAUUACUGAAUCGCUACCGAUGACCACAUUCCGAGGCUGGGCUCGAAGAUACCACGGCAGGGACAUGACAACUAAAUGAGCCGCACCCACACACCCGCCGAAUUAUGAAACGUAGAAAAUAUGACACAAUGAUAUCUUUGCUGAAGUUCAUUAAAAUACCAAAAAAAGUACAUCAGCACAAACGACGCCUCUGAUGCAAUGAGACGAAGAUUUGCUAACACACUGCCAAUCUAACAAGUGCCUUACGAUCAUCGAACUGUAAACAAACGAACAAUUUAAACAUUAAAAAAAAGUUAUUAAAACAAUCGCUGGUGCUUCGAAACAAUAAAUAGAUUAAACGAGUCAAAAAUAAUGUUAGUCGAGGUGACGAGACAAAGUGUGAGAUCGGACUCAAGCAUUUAAAAUGUUAGACGUUUUUCGUGGUUUAAAAAAUCUUAUAAAGGUGAACUAUGUGCACAUCGACUCGCCCGUGUUCCGGCUGCACUACUCCAUCACGGUCAUCUUGCUGAUCUCGUUCAGUCUGAUCGUGACGACACGCCAGUACGUCGGUAACCCCAUCGACUGCAUACAUACCAAGGACAUCCCUGAGGACGUACUCAACACCUAUUGCUGGAUUCACUCCACCUACACGCUCAAGAGCUUCUUCAACAAGAAGGUGGGCGUCGAGGUGCCCUACCCCGGCAUCGGCAACAGCCGCGAGAAGGGAAAGGAGGACAUGAACGACAGGAAGAUCUACAAGUAUUACCAAUGGGUCUGCUUUUGCCUAUUUUUUCAGGCGAUGCUGUUCUACGCGCCGCGUUGGCUGUGGAAGUCCUGGGAGGGGGGCAAGAUACGCGCCCUUAUGAUGGACCUCGACGUCGGGGUCUGCACAGAGAUAGAGAAGAAGACAAAGAAGAAACUGAUCCUGGACUACCUGUGGGAGAACCUGAGGUACCACAACUGGUGGGCCUACAGGUACUACCUCUGCGAGUCGCUCGCCCUUAUCAAUGUUAUAGGGCAAAUGUUCCUGAUGAACCGGUUCUUCGACGGCGAGUUCAUGACGUUCGGGCUGAAGGUGAUUGCGUACAUGGAGUCCGACCAGGAGGACCGAGUCGACCCCAUGAUAUAUGUCUUCCCCAGAAUGGUGAAAUGCACGUUGUUCAACAAGUUCGGUUCAUCGGGCGAGGUGGAGCGGCACGACGCGCUCUGCAUUCUGCCGCUGAAUGUCGUCAACGAGAAGAUCUACGUCUUCCUCUGGUUCUGGUUCGUCAUCCUAGGCGUCCUCACCUUCAUCACGCUGGUGUACCGGCUAGUGAUCAUCUUCUCGCCGCGCAUGCGCGUCUACAUGAUGCGCAUGCGCUUCCGGCUCGUGCGGCGCGACAACGUCGACACAAUCGUGCGCCGCAGCAAGAUGGGCGAUUGGUACCUGCUUUAUAUACUCGGCGAGAACCUCGACUCGGUCAUCUUCAGGGACAUCAUGCACGAGUUCGCCAACAAGCUGAACCACAACUACCAGCACCACAUUCACGGAGUCCCGGACGCGUGACCUCCGAUCCCAGGGUGGGUGUUCCACACCUGACUGACGUCUCUGCAGCGCCACCUGGAGCCGCCCGUGUGAGGCGCGCCCGGCCCGGCUGACCGCGCUCGCUCUGGACUAUGUAUUUGUGGUGUGAAUCGAAGGUAUCAAAGACUCUCUCAUCUGUUCGUUGCAAUCGUAAAAGUGCAAUUGGAAAUACGCAAUAAUAGAAUGUACUUAAAGUAUAAGAACGUGAUCUCAGGAGGAAUCUUACCGCAGGCCUUGUGAAGUCGACAGACGCGAUCCCGUUAGGAUAACUAGUGUUCAUCUUUUAGACGUAUUUUACUGAUAGUUUCGCUGCUCGUAGUAACUGUUUGUGGAGACGCUUUAUUUCUAUCUAUUCUAGCUGGUAAUCGGAGAUAAGCACACGGAUAGCACACAACUUAUCAUUUACACGAAUGAUCACCCGCCAUGGAUUUGAUAGACCAAAAGAAAUUAAAGCAAUAAUUAAUUAAAGAUCGUUUGUAUAGGAUUAAUGGGAGUAAACAUUAAAUUGGAUUUAAAUCUAUUUGCCAAAUGACGUCUUCCUAUGUGGAUAUAUGUGACGUUGUUACCUUUUGCGGGUCAAAAGACAUUUAUACGUUAAAUUUAAAGAAUAUUGAAAUGAGCGACUAAUGUUUUCUAACUUGCAUUUUAAUCUGCAUUUUUUUGAGAUUAUUUCACUGCAUCUGUCAUUAAAUUAUGAGGUGUUAUUUUUUACUUAUUUGAAUAUUUAGCUGCUCACUUUAAUGUACUUAAAUCGACUGCUGUAAUGUUAUA